GUAUCAGUUAUUGGCUGUUGGCGAUUCAAUGUCCGAAAAGCAUCUAUGAAUAGCCUGGACACGGGAAGCAUAUAAAGUAUGUUUUAAACGGUCGAUUUUAAUGUAGGGGGUCAGUUUCGGACUGCAUUUACAGCUGAACUGUCGGUGCAGUGAAGGCUUCCCCAGAUACAGCACUGAACUUUUAUUUCGGAGUACAGUACUGCCAAACCGGAGGCUCCCUCUGCCCCUCGCUACAGAAACAGGAGACAACUCUUGUAACUCCCCACCCCUUGAACUUUUUGAGCGCUAUCUUUUAGACCAUAUCUUUCUCCUUUCCCCAUCCCAAGAAGCAUGCUUUUUCCUGCGCGUUUGCACCGGUAACGCUGCCUUCGCACUUGCUGGCUUUAGUGGCCACACGGAGCCGUGUUUGCCUUACUUUCAUUGCAUCGUUAUAUUAUAAUAUGCCAUGUCUUCGGGAGAGCCGGCUUCUCCCCUUUCUUUUGCUGCAUUUCGCCUUCUUGGCUGCACCCCGAGUCGGGUGCCUUCAGUCGGACGGCUUCCACUUUCCUGACCCAGAUCAAGGCGACUUCAUCCGCUCCCAGCAUGAAUUCUCCGUGGUCCGUCCGAGGAGGGUCAGCCAAGAUGGGCAGUUUCUGUCCUUUUUACUGACGCAUCACUUCGGACACCGGCGGGACAAGCGAGACUUGGGGCCGCCUGAAAAGUAUGUUUACUACGCGCUUGCCUUCAGGGGCCGGGAUUUGACCUUUAACCUCACCGCCAACAGCCAUUUGCUCGCAAAUGAAUAUGUGCUGGAGAGGAGAUCUGGGGCCUCGAACGUGACGCUGCAGCGGCGGGCGUCCGGGGAGAAUGCCUGUCACCUUACUGGAAGUGUGAUGGACUCCAGUUUUGAAGGGGCUGCUGCCAUAAGCACCUGUAAGGGAUUGAAAGGCUUCUUCAGCCUCUCCGAGGGCCAUUAUUUUAUUGAGCCUGUACAGGGGUACGAGGAGGAUGUCCAGCCCCAUGUGAUCUAUCAGUCCACCCCUCCCAGCAGGACCCGACGCAGCCCCCAGAGUCGGGGAGGGCCCAGCCCAUGCGGACUUAGAGACGCCCUCACGGCCGCGCUCCGCGUGGAGCUCGAGCGGGAGGCGUGGGGGCGGAAGAGUCCGGGACAGGCGGGCCCACGCCGGAUGGCACAGCGCUCUGUGAGCCGCGAGCGCUGGGUGGAGACCAUGGUGGUGGCGGACUCCAAGCUCAUCGAGUACCACGGCGUCGGCAAUGUGGAGUCCUACAUCUUUACGAUCAUGAACAUGGUGGCUGGGAUUUUUCAUGAUGCGAGUGUUGGGAAUGCGAUCCACAUCAUUCUGGUGAGGCUCGUUCUCCUACCGGAGGAAGAGAAGGGACUGAAGAUCACCCAUCAUGCUGACAACACCCUGUCCAGCUUCUGCACCUGGCAGAAGAACGUGAAUCCCCAGAGCGACACCCAUCCCGCACACCAUGAUGUGGCCGUGCUCAUCACCAGGAAGGACAUCUGUGCGAGCAUGAACCAGCCGUGUGAGACCCUCGGCCUCUCCCACCUCUCCGGCAUGUGCCAGCCACACCGCAGCUGCAACAUCAACGAGGACUCGGGGCUCCCUGUCGCCCUCACUGUGGCUCACGAGCUGGGGCACAGUUUUGGGAUCCAACAUGAUGGCCAGGGAAACGACUGCGACCCGACGGGGCGGCAGCCCUACAUCAUGUCCCGCCAGCUGCAGUACGACACCUCCCCCCCCACCUGGUCGCCCUGUAGCCGGGAGUCCAUCACGCGCUUCCUGGAUCGUGGUUGGGGGUCAUGCCUGGAUGACCGGCCCUCCAAGACAGAUCUCAGCACAUCUUUGGAGGCUCCUGGUGUGAAGUACACCAUCCAGGCCCAGUGCCAGCUGCAGUAUGGUCCCAAUGCCACCUCCUGCCCCCAAGUAGAGAACAUUUGCCAGAUUCUGUGGUGCUCUGUGAAUGGCUCUUGUCGAUCCAAGAUGGAUGCUCCGGCUGAUGGGACCAGAUGUGGACCAAAUAAGUGGUGCAUCUCUGGGGAGUGUGUAAUCGUAGGGAAGCUACCCGAGACGGUGAAUGGCGCUUGGGGUUUGUGGAGCCCCUGGUCUCACUGCUCCCGCACCUGUGGGGCCGGGAUCCAGUCCGCUGAGAGAGAGUGCGACCGCCCCAAGCCAGAAUUUGGCGGGAAAUAUUGCAUGGGUGAGCGGAAGCGAUAUCGUGUCUGCAACAGCAAACGCUGCGGCCAGGAGCAGCCCACCUUCCGCCAGAUGCAAUGCAGUGAGUUCGACACGGUACCCUUCAAGAACCAACUGUACCAGUGGAUCCCCGUCAUCAGCACUGUCUACCCCUGCGAGCUGCACUGCCGGCCCGUGGAUGACCAGUUCUCGGAGAAGAUGCUGGACGCUGUGACGGACGGGACGCCGUGCUUUGUGCACAACAGCAGCCGGAGCGUGUGUGUUAACGGCGUGUGUAAGGAAGUGGGCUGUGACUAUGGCAUCAACUCAAACGCCGUGGAGGACCGUUGUGGGGUGUGCCUGGGAGAUGGUUCUUCAUGCCAGACCGUUCGGAGGAGCUUUGAGGAGGGAGAAGGUCACGGCUACGUGGACGUGGGACUGAUCCCGGAGGGGGCGCGAGAUAUCGUGGUGCAAGAGGUGGAGGAAGCCGCCAACUUCUUGGCACUAAGGGGGCAGGACACAGAGGAGUACUAUCUGAAUGGACGCUAUAUCAUCCAGUGGAAGGGCGAAUAUGAAGCCGGGGGGGCCACCUUCUACUACGAGAGGAGCGGCAACCUGGAGAACCUGACUUCACCAGGGCCCACGCGGGAGCCAAUCAUGAUCCAGCUUCUUUUUCAAGAGAAGAACCCGGGAAUCAAGUAUGAAUACACCAUCCGAAAGAACCGUCAGAGGGGCAACGAGAUCCUGCAACCGGAGUACAGGUGGAAACAUGGUGCCUGGACAGACUGCAGCACCACCUGUGGGGCAGGGGUCCAAAACCAGCCAGUCCGCUGCUUUGAGGCUGAGACUGGAGUGGUGGACGAGUUCCUCUGUGACCCCAAAACGCGACCCAAAGAUCGGCAACGCAAGUGCAAGAAGAUAGACUGCCCGGCUAGGUGGUGGGUGGGUGCUUGGCAGCCGUGCUCCGCCCCCUGCGGCCCGUCUGGCCUGAAGAAGCGCACGGUGCUGUGUGUGCGGUCCGUGGGCUCGGAGGAGCGCGUGCUGCACCCUGGGGACUGCAGAAUCCUGCUCAAACCCAAACCUGCGGUGCCCUGCAACCGAGAUGUGCCGUGCGGGUCAGAAUGGGCCGUGGGGCCCUGGAGCGAGUGCUCCGCCUCCUGCGGGGGUGGGAUCAGGUCCCGCACGGUCACCUGCCGGACGGCGCCCAGGCGUCGCUGCCAGGCUUCCAGCAAGCCACGCUCCCACGCCCUGUGCUCGCUGCACAGCUGCCCCUCCGCCCGCAGAAAGCCCCCCCCAGCCAGCAGGAAGGCCAUUACCCACACCUCCUCCACCCUGGAGACAGAAACUGUGACCACGGUGACCACUGACCCUGGACUUCCAGCUAGCUCUAACACCGCCUCCACUGCGCCGAGCUCCGAGGACAACCGGCACCAAGCCGGGGGCCGAAACGCCACGGUCCCUUCUUUCACGGCGGAUGAUGAAGGCAGCACAGAUGGCUUCUUGUUUCCUGGCAACCGGCAUAAGUUAGACUACAUCACAGAGGACUCUGCCGCGGCUGGGAGGCAUGGCCCGUGGGCAUCGGCUACCACCACCUCCGACCCCCACACGACGCCCCCUCCCUCAACACCUGCAGAAACCUCAGCGUCUUCCACAUGGACAGCCUCCUACAGCCCUCCCAUGAAGCUGGGUCCAGCAUGGGGACCAGUAACUACCCAGGCCUCCCUGCCCAGCUCAGGGCAAACUGAUGGGGCACCAGAGACCUUGCCUACCUCACCCCAGAUGGCCCAGGAUGCUGGGUUUACCGGGACCUCAGAAUCAGACAGCACAGCUAACCCUACAGGCAGCCGCAGCAAUGGGCCUCCUGUUAACAUGAACAUCUUCUGGGUGGUGGGCAACUGGAGUGAGUGCUCUACCUCCUGUGGUCUGGGGGCCAUGUGGCGGGCGGUUACCUGCAGCUCCCCACAGGAGGCGCUCUGCUCAGACAUCAGGAGACCGGACCCAGCCAGGAGGUGCCAUAUCCGUCCCUGCGCUACCUGGCACAGUGGCGACUGGGGCAAGUGCCCAGAGGGAUGCCUGGGGGGCAGCAGGCAGCGUGACGUGCUAUGCAUGGACACCCAGAGCCAGCGUGUGCUACGCCCCUACCACUGCCAGGCGACGGGGCACCGCCCCCCCAGUUCUGAACCCUGCCUCUCGCAGCCUUGCCAAGCCUGGCAGUUCUCCCCCUGGGGAAAGUGCUCAAAGAGGUGUGGUGAGGGCCAGCGGGAGCGCCUUGUGUACUGCCCAGAACCGGGCCGCUGUGAGCCGACCCAGAAGCCUAACAGCUCCGAGCCGUGCAACCAGCACUUGUGCUUCCAGUGGCAGGCCAUGGCCUGGGAGGAGUGCUCCGUGAGCUGUGGGGGUGGAGUGCAGCACCGCGUGGUGACGUGCGUGAAGGAGGAGUCCGGCGGCACGGAGGGUGGCCAGUGUGAACGGAGCAGCCGGCCAGACAGCGUCCAGAAGUGCAACCUGCAGAGAUGCGAGAGAGGCCCUGUGCCCAGGUGUACGAGGGACAGCAUGUCCACACGAUUCUGUGAAAAACUCAAACUCCUGGGUCGCUGUUCCCUUGGCUCCAUCUGGAAGCAGUGCUGUAUCACUUGUGGGGGUUAACCGUGAUCACCCCCCCCCCCACA